CUUAUCGGGAUUUAUGAGUGCACACUCCUCUAUUGGCUCCUCACCCACAAAAAACCAACCUUCCAUCCCUCAUAAUCCAACACAUGUACGAAAGCUCCGGCCGCCUCAAUAAACCAUACAGCAUGGUUCUCACCCACAUCUUUGCCAAGCAUGGCAUCCUCGAGAUUCGUCACUCGGGCAUUUUCUUUCUUGAUGCGAAGUGUCUUGGGUACUGUGGCCUCAUCAAUAUAGGAGAUACAUACUACAUGAAAUGGGAGUUUCAAAAUCUUGAUGUGGAAACCCGAGCGGAGAAUGGCCCCCGGAGAUCCAUGUCAUCCAUCCCCUCCUCUUCUCAAGCUCAAGAGCCUGAUAUCGAUGACAACGAGAAGGUUCCCAUUCGUGCUACAACAAAGACCAAGUGUUCUGAGUCUGCCUCCCAUACAUACUCCGCAAAGCUCAUGUGUCACCAUUCCCAAAUGGCUUCAUCUUCCAAGAACCCCUUCAAGAAAUUCAAGAAGUUUUUCAAAAAGCAUGUGGUUGAUCUGAUCAAGAAGAUAUAAGAGAGCCUUGAUGAUCUCUCGGAAUGGGUAAAGAAGAUCUGUAACACCCUCCGUCCCGCGAACCCGGUUCACCGCGGUCUAACGUGCCGGAGAGGUUACGUAGACGGUUUAAGGCCGUCUACAAGGAAAACCCCUUGCGUGGCUUGUAACGAAAAACCCUUGACAUGCUUUAUUAAAUGAUGAGGAUGGAU